AUGCACUCCCCUUCGCAUCCGAACAGAACCGUGUCUCCCCCCGGUCCAGAAACAGCCAUUCGCAACCCAUUAAGGCCGUCCUCGCUGAGGGCUUCCUCGGAAAACACGUUCCCCGGCCCCAUUGCUUCCCCCUCAGGUGGACCGUCCAAUUCCGUCCUCACCGAUCUCUCCUCCGCCAUUGCUCUCUGCAACCGCAUCGUCCAUCUAUCAGGCCCUUACCCUACCUCUACUUCCCCUCACCGGCACUCCGCAUCCCUCCCCAGUUCCCCCUCCGCCUCCCCUUUCCACGCGACCGGCCCCCCUCUUCCGCCCAUUCGGAACGCCGCCCUCCGUGGUUCCACGGUUUAUAGGCGCACUCAGAGCGUUGGUGGGAGGAGCUCAGUGGGAGGGGAGGAAGACGGCGGAGGAGUCAGAGCAGGGGGAGGCGGAUAUGGAGUGGGAGGAAUGGGAGGGGGAGCACGAGGAGGGGGAGAUGUUGAAGGAGGACAAGGAGAAACAGGUGAAGGGUAUGGGUAUCAGCAGCAGCAGGAGCAAGAGCAGCAGCAGCAGCAGCGCGAUCGGAGGAGCUUAGAGGACGUGGCGCUCCCCUCAAGUUCCAUGGUUGAUAGGUCGUUAUUUAUGGCAGGCGGCCGAAACAGCGCUGAGGCUGCUGGGGGGGGUAGAGGCGUGCAGAGCGGUAACAGGGCUGCUAGCACCUCUGCUGCCUCUGCCCACACUCCCACAUCCCCUAAUGCCGUCCCCGCCGCCGUCGCCGCUACUGCUGAUGCUGCUGCAGCUGCGGCUGGCGCUAGUGACGAUGGGGGCAGGGGCCGCGCAGCCGCUACAGCCUCACCACCUGCUGCGGCCACUGCUCUCUCAGCUCCCAGCGCCUCUUCCCCUCGUAGUUCUACCGCCACUGGAACUUCUGUCUUUUCUGCCGGCCCAGCUGCCGCCCGCCAGCUGGUCGUCUCGCUCUCCCGGGGAUCUGCGCUGGAAAAGCGGACGGCGCUGAGGGCGCUUCUGGAGUUAUCUGAGUCGUCGGAUGCGGGGAAGCUGCACGUGACUGCAGCAGGGGUGGUUCCUGUGAUUGCUGUGCUGCUCAGUCAUCCGGACCUGGGAGCCAGCUUCGGCAGCAGCAGCUUCGGAAGCAGCGGGGGGGCAGCGGGGAUAGGUGGUGCAGGUGGCCCGGUUAUCGCAACCAGGACUGGGAGUGGUACCAGGAGUGCUAGAACGUCGAGCAUAGGGGAAGAGCUUAAGAUAGUCUCUUUGCAACUGCUCCUAUCGCUCGUGUCUCUUGAUGAGAACCGAGCCGUGGUGGUGAAGGCUGGCUGCGUCGCGAUCCUAGUCAGCAUCCUCCGAACCGGAUCGCCGGACCUGCGCGCCGUGGCUGCGCGGGUGCUUUGGAAGGUGGCAGUGGGAGGAGGGGGAGGGGGAGGGGGAGGGGGAGUGGGAGUGGGAGGGGGCGGCGGCGACAACUCCAGGGCGGCGAUUGCGGCGAGUGAGGCGAUUCCAUCGCUGGUGGCGAUUCUGCAGUCGCAGACAGACGCUGCAGUGAAGCAGGAUGCUGCUGACGCCAUUGCUCACCUCACAGCCAACAACGAGAAGAACCAGGUGAGAGUGAGAGAGGAGGAGGAAGGGGCGGGAGAGUGGGGGGCUCUGGGCUGGGCAAUGCUGAUCGCGACGAGUGAGGCGAUUCCAUCGCCGGUGGCGAUUCUGCAGUCGCAGACAGACGCUGCAGUGAAGCAGGAUGCUGCCGAUGCCAUUGCUCACCUCACAGCCAACAACAAGAAGAACCAGCGAGAAGUACCAGAUGAGAAUGAGAAAGUUAGGGAGGAGGGGAGGGGGGAUGGGGCAGUGUGGGGAGGGCUGGGCUGGUCUGGGGGCGGAGAGGGGAGAGGGAGGGGGGAGAGGGGGGCCGAGAGUGGAGGGAGAGGGAGGGGGGAGAGGGGGGCCGAGAGUGGAGGGAGAGGGAGGGGGGAGAGGGGAGCCGAGAGUGGUGGGAGAGGGAGGUGGGAGAGGGGAGCCGAGAGUGGAGGGAGAGGGAGGGGGGAGAGGGGGGCCGAGAGAGGGGGGAUCUAUGCUGAACCGAGACGGCAGCACAGGCAAGCAGGCAGCACAGGUGAGCAGGAGAGGUGGGCACGCUGGCAGGAGAGGUGGGCACGCUGGCUGCUGUCUCAGGGAGGAACAGCAGCGACAACAAGCUCGCCAUUGCUGCUCUUCCUCCCUCCAUCGCAUACCCUCUUUCUCACCCUUCCAUGCACACACCGUCUCUCGUCUCUCUCCACCCGCCCUGCUCUCCCCUCAUCCCCACUUCAGAUGGCAGUGGCGGAAGCAGGGGCCAUCCCAGCGCUGGUAACCAUGUUACGGGAUGGCAGCACGGGCGAGCAGGAGAGGGCGGCUCUGGCGAUGGCAGUGGCGGAAGUGGGUGCCAUCCCAGCGCUGGUAACCAUGUUACGAGACGGCAGCACGGGCGAGCAGGAGAGGGCAGCUUUAGCGAUGGCAGUGGCGGAAGCGGGUGCCAUCCCUGCGCUGGUAACCAUGUUACGAGACGGCAGCACGGGCGAGCAGGAGAGGGCGGCUCUGGCGGUGGGCACGCUGGCAGUGAACAGCAGCGACAACAAGCUCGCCAUCGCUGCUGCCGGCGCCGUGCCUCUGCUGCUCGACCUGCUCUUCCACUCCGUUGCUGCUGCUGCUGCUGCUGCUAACACUGCUUCUGCUGCAGGGCGAUCAGGGCGAGAAGGGCGAGAAGGGCAAGAAGGGCAAGCAGAGCAAGCCUUCUCUGUCGAGCCUUCUCCUCGAGCAGCCACAGCAUCGGUCUCUCUCCCACCCUUCCACUCCACUUUUUCGUCCUCCUCCGCGCCUCCUUUGCCUGCCGCCAUUGCCAAGACCUGCGCCUGGACGCUCUACGUCCUCUCCUCCGACUUAGUCUCAGCCUCGUUCAUCCUCGCUAAUGACGGGCUCGAGAUAGUGUAUAAGGUGUACAAGGAGGGCCCGCCGGAGGCGCAGUUCUGGGCGGGACACAUGCUGCAGCUGCUGGAUCCCACGUUCCGCCGCCCGGAGAAGCAGGCUAGCUCUAGGAGGUAUGCCUGGACCUCUCCUUCGUCGUCCUUUGUUCUGAAGCAGCAGCAGCAGCAGCAGCAGCAGCAGCAGCAGCAGCAGUUGCAGGUGCAGCAGCAGGCAGUGGUGCCACCGGUGCCGACGGUUGCAAUGUUAAGGCUGUGGGGAGUGGGGGGAAAGGGAGGGGGGGGUGAGGGGAGUUUGUUGGAGAGCCAGGGGAGGAGGGGGGAGUGA